UAGCCAUGCCAACCUCCAUUUCAAAUUUACUUCCUUUGUCACACUCCAAAACCUUUACCGUUUCCCACACUCACAAAUCCCAAACCUACAUCUUCAACCACAACAACAAACCCCACACCCGUUUUCUCUUCUCCUUCUCCAAAUCAGGUCGAUCCAAAAUCUGCAACCUUAAAACCCGUUGCGUUUCAGAUGACGUCCCUAGGUUCCAUAAACGGGUCGGGUUAUUGGCAUCAGUUUUACCUGGAGGCGAUUGGUGGACAUUGCCGAACCACCGGGAAGACGAAGCGGAACCUACGGCUGCGAUUGUCGCUCUCCGACGAAUGUGGGAGUUGGUUGCCGAUGAGCGAUGGGUUGUGACUGUGGCGUUCGGGUCCCUUGUCAUUGCUGCUGUCGUGUAUAAAAAUUAAUCUCUACUUUGAAUCACGUUGGUACACCCCUCCAAAUAGACGUGUUUGUGUGCGACACCUAUAAGACACAUGUCAGACAUUCUAGUGAGAUUUCCGAAAUCACUAUGCCAAGUAUAUUAGCAGCGUCAAUAUUUUCAGCACAGAGUGGUGAGAAUGCGGCAUUCUCAAGGAAUGCAAUGUUUUUGGUUCUACUAUGUUUUACUUCAGGAAUAUGCAGUGGUUUGCGAAGUGGCUGCUUUGGAAUUUUGAAUGUAACCUUGGUAAAGCGUCUACGAGAAAACUUGUAUAUAGCCAUUCUUUUUCAGGACAUAUCCUAUUUUGAUAAAGAAAAAGUUGGUACAUUGACAAGCAGGAUCACAGCAGAUUGUCAACGGCUUUCAAAUAUUAUAGGAAAUGAUCUUCAGUUGAUAUUGCGCAACACAUUGCAGGGAACAGGAGCUAUAAUUAAUUUAGUGGCUUUAUCUUGGCCUCUAGCAGUAUCUGCAUUGAUGAUUUGUUCUGUAUUAUCUGCAAUUUUCCUGGUUUAUGGCAGGUAUCAAAGAAAAGCAGCAGAGUUAACCCAAGAUUUCACGGCUUGUGCCAAUGAAGUAGCUCAGGAGACACUUUGUUUGAUAAGAACUGUCCGAGUGUAUGGAACCGGAAAAGAAGAAUUUGAAAGGUACAAUCAGUGGCUACAAAAAUUAGCAUUCAUUAGCAGUCGUGAGAGUGUGGGUUAUGGUUUCUGGAACCUGAGCUUUAACACCCUUUACCGGUCAACUCAGAUAUUUGCAGUGCUUUUAGGUGGAAUGUCUGUUUUCAGUUGCGGUGUAACUGUUGAGCAACUUACUAAGUAUGUAUUAUACUGUGAGUGGUUGAUUUAUGCUACUUGGAGGGUAACAAACAGCUUAUCAUCAUUACUGCAGUCCAUUGGAGCAUCUGAAAACAUUUUCCAUAUGAUGAAUUUAUUGCCCUGCGACCAAUUCCUAUCCAAAGGCAAGAAAAUAUUUGUGUCCCUUUCUCUUGCUACUCAUAAGGUAUGGAAUCAUAUAUUGUUUAAUUGUGCUUUCCCACAUCAAACAGGAAUUAAGUUGCAGAGGUUAAUGGGCCAUAUUCAGUUUGUAAAUGUAUCAUUUCAUUAUCCUGCAAGGAGUAUGAUCCCUGUUCUGGAACACUUAGACUUCUCUGUAAAAGCAAAUCAAGUCAUUGCCAUUGUUGGUCUGAGUGGUAGUGGAAAGAGCACACUAGUCAACCUUUUACUUCGACUCUAUGAGCCUAGUAGCGGUCAGAUAUGUAUUGAUGGUUUCCCUCUUAAGGAGUUGGAUAUCAGGUGGCUGAGGCAGAAGAUUGGAUAUGUUGCCCAGGAACCCCGUAUCCUUCACAUGGACAUAAAGUCAAACAUAAAAUAUGGUUGCCCCAUGAACAUAAAUCAAGAAGAUAUUAAACAGGCUGCAAAACUUGCCUAUGCUCAUGACUUUAUUUCUUCACUUCCAAAUGGCUAUGAAACCCUUGUUGAUGACAAUGCACUUAGCGGGGGGCAAAAGCAGCGAAUUGCCAUUGCAAGGGCCAUUCUUAGGGACCCAGUUAUUUUGAUACUUGAUGAACCAACCAGUGCCUUGGAUUCUGAAAGUGAGCAUUACAUCAAGGAGGUAUUGUAUGCAUUAAAAGAUGAAACUAAAUCAAGAACCAUCAUUAUUGUUGCACAUAGUCUUUCUACCGUAAAAGCUGCUGACGGGAUCAUAGUUAUGGAUAAUGGUUGCAUUAUUGAGAUGGGUAACCAUGAUGAGCUUCUGGUCAAGGAUGGGCUUUAUGCCAAGUUAAACAGAAUUCAAGCAGAUAUUUUAACUUGAUUCAAGUUUUUUUACAAGAGCAAGACAAUUGGAUUCAUAUUUGCCAUUGAGAUUUUGAAAAUAAACGACGGACAUGCGAAUGGUGUUGCUGUGUAGUAUUUGCGAUGGGAGGUUUAUUAUCGAUUCAAUGGUUUAAAAAACUUGCCAGGUGUGCAAGACUUUUAUAUCUCUUGCCGCGCAUCAUAUAAAAUUAGCUGAAAAGAGAAUAUACGUAUUCAAAUUUGUACCCAAAAUUUUUCCCUUCAUCAAAUUUUAUCCUAGAUUUGUUCUAUGAUUUAAUAUAUUUUUUGUCAUAAAA